AGCCAGCCCAGGGAGUCAGUCACAUUCCGGGCCGGGAUUCAAUGACUGAACCAGACACAAACAAACACUGAGCGAGAGAGAGGGAGGGUGUGUGUGUGUGUGUGUGUGAGAGAGAGAGAGAGAGAGAGACUCUCAUAGUAAAGCGGAGGCAACUGCGCCGACGAGCUUUACGCAAGGCACACAUUUUGUUCUCGAGUUGCAGCUGGUCUGUGAUACAGCCGGAUUGAGAAUUACAUUUUGUUCAAAACUUUACACUUUUGGGAGGAUUUUCUCGUCACUCGGAACUCUGGUUCUUUCUGGUACGACUUAAGAUUUGACCAUGAAGCAGUUGAAUGGAUUACAAGGCGGCAUUGUACGCUUUCCGAACUGACAUGGACUGUAGCGACUCUUUCCGUUCACGUUCACCGAAUCUGUUGUGAUCAGACUGCCCGGGUUUAAACAUGGAGGCUCCCUCCAGCUUUCAGCCGCAUCCAGGACUUCAGCAAACUCUCAAGCAGUUUCACUUGAGUUCCAUGAGCUCCCUCGGUGGACCGGCAGCCUUCUCGGCCCGGUGGCAGCAGGACAUGCUGUUCAAGAAGGACGGUAAGGGCGCCGAGGUGAUGGUGAACCUCCCCGCGCAGACGCCCCCGGUCAUGCCGGGGCCCCUCUUCAUCCCGUCAGACCGCUCCACCGAGAGGUGCGAGACGGUCCUGGAGCGGGAGACGAUUUCGUGCUUUGUGGUGGGCGGCGAGAAGCGCUUAUGCCUGCCGCAGAUCCUCAACAGCGUCCUGCGAGACUUUUCCCUCCAGCAGAUCAACUCGGUGUGCGACGACCUCCACAUCUACUGCUCCCGGUGCACGGCGGACCAGCUGGAGAUCCUCAAAGUUAUGGGCAUCCUGCCCUUCUCGGCCCCCUCAUGCGGACUGAUCACCCAGACCGACGCCGAGCGCCUCUGCAAUGCCCUCAUCUAUGGCGGCACGUUCCCACCGCACGCCGACAAAGAGUUGUCGUGCUCCAUCGAGCUGGAAAGAACGGAGAAGAGCUUUAAAGUUUAUCACGAAUGCUUCGGUAAGUGCAAGGGCCUGUUCGUGCCAGAGCUCUACACGAGCCCCAACGCGGCGUGCAUACAGUGCUUGGACUGCAGGCUCAUGUUCCCGACGCACAAGUUCGUGGUGCACAGUCAUAAAAGGCAGGAGAACAGAACCUGUCACUGGGGCUUCGACUCGUCCAACUGGAGGGCUUAUAUUCUUUUGGAUCAAGACUAUAGUGAGAAAGAGGAGAGCAGCACGCUGCAGCAGCUCCUCAAUGAGUUAAAGGGGAAAUUUGACCCGGGGAACAAGCACAAGACCUCUUACAAGGCUUACAGUCCCAUUCCCUCCAAAAAGUCCAAACAUGACUGCUCAAGAUCCCCAUCAAUGGAUAAAGAGAAGCAAGCUGAUUGGCUACAGUCUCUGGCUGCAUCUGCAAAUAAGGAUCUUAAGCAGCUCCAGUUCAAGCAAAGACCUUCAGCCUUCAGGCCCUGGUCUCCCAGAGUUCCUUCUGCUGAGCGAGAAACACCUAGCCACACGUAUGAGAGAUCGCUUGCUAAAGGACAAGACGGCCUGGUAGUCCCAAAUGUAUCACUGCCCAUUUCCACAUUUAAAAAUAAUGAGCAGCCACCACAAUGUUUCUCUCAGCCCACUGAGAGCCACAACACAGGCAAGACAGAGAGCUCCAGGCCAAGAAAGAGGUGGCCCUCUGCAGAGAGACAAUCACAGCCGGUGGCCAAAACCUCUCUGCCCACUCCAGUAGUCAGACAGCGUGCUCUGGAGAACGAGGACUCGGACACAGAAAUCGAGGUUGACAACUGUAGCAAAGUUCCUGCCUCCCGUUCUUUGAUGUCCCCUCCCUUUACCAAUGGCGUAGGGGUGAUGAACCUCAACGCUUACAGCACUGCAGAGGUGCAUGACGAGAGGGUGAGACUGGGGGCGGCUCCUUACUCUGAGCUGGAAGUCCUCAAGCAGAUGCUCUGCAGUGACCUUAACUCUAAGGAGGCUAGAGAGAAAUUCCUCCAGGAGAUCAUCCGUAUGCGAGUAAAGCAAGAGGAGAAAGUAGCUGCUGCUCUGCAAGCCAAACGAAGCCUUCAGCAGGAGCUGGAGUUUGUCAGGGUGACUAAGAAGGGCAGGCUGAGGGAGGCCAUCGAGGCAAAGCGGAACCUGAGGAAGGAGAUUGAGCGCCUCCAUGUGGAGUGUGAGAAGAAGGUGCGAGAUGCCAAUGAGUCCUGCAGCAGGCUGAAGAGGGAGCUGGACAGAGAGAGACAGCUCCGUGUGUGCGAUAAGGGCUGUGAGGCAGGACGUCUGAGGGCCAAGUAUUCCUCACAGAUUGAAGAUCUGCAGACAAAGCUCCAGCAAGCAGAAGUGGACCGUGAGCAGUUAAGAGAGGACCUGCUGAAGGAGCGGGAUGCCCGGCAGAACCUGGAGAGGGUCGUCAAAGAGCUCCAGGAACAGCUGGGCCACAAAGCAGAGACAGAGGGAGACGCCAUCUCAAACACACAACCGACUGAGGGAGAGAAGAAAGAAAUGAGAGAUUCAGAUAUAUCUUAAACAUUUAAUGUGUUUAGUGUGUGGCUGUAGUUGAAGACUUUGAUUUGAGGACGAGUAGAGGAUGCCUCUAAAGCCAACACUUUCUUGAAAAAAGUACUGGAGCACAGGAGAAUGAUAAUAAAAAACAAGCAUUUUACAGUGAACGUUUACCAAAACCAAUUGAAACUGCAGCUGUAAUUCAUGAACUCGAGUAACUGGAAAGAAGUUUGCUCGCUCCUUGAGAGGAGGAUGCUCGGAGACGGUGGCAUCGCGUGUAACUGACUCUCCUUCAGUUAGCCUCUUUAAGCUAAGCUAAGGAUUUUUUUGUUUUUUGUUAUAAGCUAUUUAAAUUUUCUUGCAAAGAUACUUGAAUAAUAUUUGGGAAACGAACAUGUUUUCUAUUCACAAUACGUUGACAGUAGCAGGUGAACAAACUGCUAGUGCCGCUGAUACUCUGUAAACUAGAAAGUGUUACAAGCCAGAAUUCAACAUAGUACACAGGUGUUGUCAUUACAAUGUUCUGCUCGCUUUUAUUUGACCUUUUUGUUCGCUGUUGAAUUAAAAUAGUUUGCAUGAGCGACAGUGGUAUGGUGCAGCAAAGCUUUAUUAUAAGCCUACAUUCAAAUGAUCUUUUUAUCUUUGUAUUUUUAAUUACUAUGUACUUAAAACCCUAUAGUAUUGGCAACGAUCAAUAUGGGCUGAAUCCUAUCCUCUGUCCUGAACUACAAUUUCAAGUAUUAUACUUUACUAAUUACCAGUUUUCGCAGUCCAAACAAACAUUACAGCAUGUUUUGUUUUGGGGGUUUUUUUUCCGUUCGGAAUCAGAAUUGUGACAAACGUCCAAUUUUAGUCACUGGUUUUAGGGCUCAUUUAACGUAAAAAAAAGAAAAGAAAAUGCUGUUAAUGAAAAUAAAAUUUCUACUUGUAUAGAAAUUAAGGAUAUAUAUUUUUUUACUUUCUACCAAAAAAAAAGAAUUGCACUUUUAAGAAAAGAUAGUUUUAUUGUGUAUUUGAAGCCCUCUGUUUUUUCAAAUCUCAGACACCAAGUAUUGAAUAAAGAAGUUUUCAUACAUUUGUUACAGAUGUGAAUACCACUUAAACAUAAAAACAUGAUGUAAAUAUGAUAGCGUGCUUUACACUUCACUCUAAAUGCUUUUGCUCCAAACCAAUAGACUCUUAUGUAUAAAAAAUGUAACACAUAAAUGAAUUUCUCCUAUCAUAAUUUCAACUAGAGGGCAUUUACUAUAUAAAAUCCUUAUCUAAUAUUAACAAAAAAAACUUAGAUAAUUAUAUUUCUGAAUAAAUUCAGUCCCUUUGGAAAUCACUUUAUAUAAUUACCAAAGCAAAAUUUCCCAUUCUGAGUUUGUGGUGGAUAAAUCAGAAAUGUGACUGAUGAACUGUAAAGAGUAUUUGCUGAAUUUCUAAUAAUCUUUUAUCUCCAUUACCCCUGUCUUGAAUAAACCCGCAGUAAUUCAUAUACUAACUUUUCCAUCUCUCUAUUUAUUCUGGGUACAUUUUUACUUCCCCUUCUAUAUAACGAGAUCUGUAUGCUUGCCUAUGUCUGUUUAUAACCUUUUGAUGUUUUCAUGGUCACUAGAGAUAUGCAUUGUGUUCAGGGUCUUGUCAUAGUUUUGGUUUUGAUGUGGGUCAUUUUCGUCACUUGUUUUAAUGUUCCCCCACGUAUAAUAACAUCAUUAAACAGAAUCAACCAUU